UUAUAAGAAGGCCAAGAACUCUCCAGUUGUCACUGUUGUAUGUGUGCUGAAUCAAAAUAUACAGAAUGCCAUCCACUUGGAAGAGGCCAGCUGAUGUGCCAUUUCCGCAAGUUUGGGCAAGAUGUGAAGGCAAAACAACUUUAGCAGAUGGUUCUAAGCUUCUCUAUAGAAUACAGGACAUCACUCCUGAAAUGCACGAAGAGAUUCUUGACAAGCUCAUGAUGGUACAUUUUGUCCGGGAUGAGGAUCUUAGCAAGACAAUUAAUUUAAUGGCAGAUAAAACAUCUUUGGAAGAACUUAGAAUGAUGUGGAAAGAAUCACUACAACAGAAUGUUGGUCUUGUAGCAAUAAGAGAAUAUCCAGAUGGCCAAGAAGAAAUAAUUGGGGCCAAUAUAAUAUGUGUUGCCAGCAAAGGCGAGAAAUCAAAUUCUGAUGAGUUGAAAGGUGAGGCAAUGCGAAAAAUUUGGCGCAUGCUGAUGGAAGAUCUACCAAAGCGACUUGAUGUAUUUGAACAUUAUGGAGUGGACCACUACAUGAGUGCUGUGGGACUAACUGUAUUACCCAAAUACAGAGGGCAAAAUGUGGGACUUGAGAUCUUACGCACUCGAUUUAAGCUUGUGAAAGGUGUUGGACUGAAGGUAACAGCUACAGCAUUCACUGCCAUGGCUUCUCAAAAACAAGCACAGCGUGCAGGCUACGAGUUGUUGACUGAAAUGGCAUAUAAUGAUUACAAGGUAGAUGGAAAAGUAGUCUUCCCAGGAAUGACUACACCAUCAGUGAAAUAUAUGGGCAAAUACAUACCUUAACUAAAUAUUUAUACAAAGAUGUUCCAUUUAUUUCUAAAUCUGUUUUUGCAUAUCAUAAAGUGAAGUGCUCUGAAAGUACCAACUUUCAGAAGCAUCAAGGCAGAGGAAAUGGGUUUUUGCAAUGUAACCACUGUGCUAGAAAUGUUUGGUUGACAGGAAGUAAGAUUACUGGAUGUGUCAGAAUGUGCUCAUGAUAAAUGGUAGAUAAUGAAACUGUAUUAAACUGUGUCAUUCAAUAAAUACCAUAAACUUAUGUGACAGUGGUAUGAAAAUUGUGCAUGAAUUUUCAGCAGACACGUGACUAAAUGAGUUGUCAGUAGCAGAGAUAAUGCAUGUCACAUAACAAUUCAAAUUAACUUAAGUGACUUCUUACUUAA